AUGGACUAUGAGUUCGUCGUGAGUGAAUUUUACACCCUCGACGACACCGUGAGCGCCUGCCACUCGCUGCCGGCGAAGCAAAGGUAUCAGGCCAAUGCCAGGGAGAGGUACAGAACCCACAGCGUCAACUCAGCCUUCAACACUCUUCGCCUGCUGAUCCCGACCGAGCCGAAGAACAGAAAACUGUCCAAGAUCGAGACUCUGCGCCUGGCCAAGAGCUAUAUUUCACAUUUGGCAGCCAUUCUCCUCACUGGAAAUUACAAUCAACCAUGUGUGUAUGUGACGACGCCGGCGUCCUUUCAUCCGGCCUACAUGGAGCUGCAGCGGCUGGACGAGGACGACGAGGACGAGGAGAGACUAAUGGAGCACAGUCGAACGAGUAUUUGCACCUUCUGUGUCGCCACGAAGAAUAGCAGCAGCUGAGCUGAAGAUGAAACUCCGUCAGGAUAAAUGGUGUGCAAUCUGUUGUGCUGCUCAAAGGACUCUUUCGCGCUUCAUUGACUCCAGAGACCGAAACGGCAAAGUGCGGGCUUAGAAGUUGCACUUUGACUGAUGCAGAAUUAACAUUAGAGAUACACAAUAUAUUGUGUGAAUUUUCGCAUGUGGAUUUCGGGGAAAAAGAAUGCGCGAGAUGGAGUAGCAUUUAAUAAAUUA